GACUUUUAUUUUAGAAUAUUUUCUUUGCGGAACUUCCGCCUUCGUCGGCGUGCGAUCCGGAGAUGGACACAAACAGAACUGCGAAGCUGGAGUUUGCGGUGCAGAUGUCAUGUGACAGCUGUGUUAAUGCAGUGAAGGGCGUCCUGCAGAAAGAGCCGGGAGUUCAGUCGGUGCAUGUAGACCUGGCUAAGGAGCAGGUUCUGGUGGAGACGGCGCUCACCUCUCUACAGGUGCAGAGUCUGAUCGAAAGCACAGGCAGACGGGCCGUCCUGACGGGAAUGGGCGGCUCAGAGACAGAUCUGGGCGCUGCUGUGGCGAUGCUCAGUGGGGCGGGGCUAGUGCAGGGCGUGGUCAGAUUCCUGCAGCUGUCACAGGACCGCUGUUUGAUUGACGGGACGAUUGACGGACUGACGCCCGGACCUCACGGCCUGCAUGUGCAUGAACUGGGCGAUCUGACACAGGACUGCAUGAGCUGUGGAGAUCAUUUCAAUCCAUUCAGGAAAAAGCAUGGAGCUCCUCAGGACUCAGAGAGGCAUGUAGGAGAUCUGGGGAAUAUCACGGCUGCUCCUGAUGGCAGAGCUUCAUUCCGGCUUGAAGACUCUCAGAUCAAGGUGUGGGAUGUGAUUGGUCGGUCUCUGGUGGUGGAUUCUGGGGAGGAUGAUUUGGGGCGUGGGAAACACCCGCUGUCCAAAAUAACAGGAAACUCUGGAGAGAGGCUGGCCUGUGGAGUCAUCGCCCGCUCCGCCGGCUUGUUUCAAAACCCCAAACAGAUCUGUGCCUGUGAUGGUGUGACUCUGUGGGAGGAGAGAGAUCGACCCAUCGCUGGGAAGGGACGUAAAGUCACUGACGCACCGACUGCUAAUCUGUGACGGGGUGAGGAUGAUACCGCGUCAGGGACCACAGAUGCACAUGAAUGAAUGAUAAGAGACCGAAAACACUGCUUUCUGAAGCUGUCGUCAGUGUCUGUUCAGAUUGUACUAAAUUAGAUUCUGAGCCAUGUUUUAAUGUAUUCACAUGACACCGAUGGAGAAAUCAAACUGUGUGAAUACUGAAUGUGUUA